UUCUGCAGAGGCAGCUAUGUGGGGCCUCAUGAUCAAAUCCAGCUGCUCAACAGGCUGUCUUUUGUGACUCAGACAGGGGCAGAGGUGUGAGCGGCUGAGCUGAGAAUACACAUAAACACAGAUGUGUGAUUCCAGGAUGGCUGGAAAGAUCCAGACGCUGACGGAGGAGGAGAGGGGCCAUCUUCUCCCACUGCUGAGGAACGCGCAGUGGGUGGAGGUGGGGGGGAGAGAUGCCAUUUAUAAAGAGUUCAUCUUCAAGGACUUCAACCAGGCAUUUGGCUUCAUGUCCAGGGUCGCCUUGCAGGCAGAGAAGAUGGACCACCACCCUGAGUGGUUUAACGUCUAUAACAAGGUUCAGAUCACUCUGAGUACACAUGAAUGUGGUGGCCUCUCGCAGAGGGACAUCACGCUGGCCACCUUCAUCGACCAGGCAUCUGUCAUCUGAGCCAUCUGCUGGGCUCAUUAAUGAUUUGUCUAAUAUUGUGGGCAAUCCCAACUAGCAAGAAUCCUCAGAAGCUCAAAUCCCAUUGGUUUCUACCCUGUCGUGUUUAGGCUAAAAGAUGCUGUCUGGUUAAUUUCCUGGGCUACGACCAUCUGAGUCAAACUGUACCAACCAUAUAGGAAGAAGUUACCUGCUAGGGUCAAAGGUCAAAGUUAUUUUCAUAAAACUAGCAAAUGUUACCCAGAAACAGUCAGCAGUGGGCAGGGCUUAGGCCUUGGCAUGUAGGAUGUUCCAUUGCCUUAUCUGGAGACCCUGUACUGGUGUCCACUGUGCUGCGUCAUGCAAAUGCCUCAAACUGUUAUCUUAAUUGCAUCCCUGAUAAUGUGUGCAGUGCUUGUGGGAAAUAAAAACCAGACUCAUA